CCAUUCAAGGGUGUGGAUCUCAUGGACUGCUGCCUGGCCUGACGACUGUUGAGAAGGCCACUGUGCUCUCAAGCAGUGUGGAUGUUCAGGGACAGCCUCCGGGAGGGAGAGGUACCCACUCCCCAAAGCAGCACUGAUAAGUCUCCUCAGGUCUUCGCAACAGUGGGCCUCUGGCUGGCCGUGGCCAUGGAGCCUGCAGAGACCCCCGUCAAGGAUGGCAUCCUCUACCAGCAACACAUCAAGUUUGGCAAGAAGUCCUGGCGGAAGGUAUGGGCUCUGCUGUACGCAGGAAGCUCAUCAGGUGUGGCACGGUUGGAAAGCUGGGAUGUCCGGGAUGGAGGCCUGGGGCCAGGAGGUGACAGAUCAGUGGGGCCUGGCCGUCGCGGUGAAUGGCGGGUCAUCCGCCUGGCUGAUUGUGUGUCAGUGCUGCCUGCUGAUGGUGAGAGUUGCCCCCGGGACACUGGUGCCUUCCUGCUCACCACCACUGAGCGCAGCCACCUGCUGGCUGCACAGCACCGCCAGUCCUGGAUGGGCCCCAUCUGCCAGCUGGCUUUCCCGGGCACAGGGGAUUGCUCCUCAGGACCAGGGGAAGCUGAGUGUCACAAGAGGGGCCUUGUCCCAAUGGAGGAAAACUCCAUCUACUCCUCCUGGCAGGAAGUGAGCGAGUUUCCUGUGGUGGUGCAGAAGACGGAGGCUGCCACUCGCUGCCAGCUGAAGGGUCCCUACCUCUUGGUGUUGGGCCAGGAUGCCAUCCAGCUGAGGGAGACUUCCAGCUCCCAGGCCCUUUACAGCUGGCCCUACCACUUCCUGCGGAAGUUUGGCUCAGACAAGGGUGUGUUCUCCUUUGAGGCUGGCCGUCGCUGUGACUCGGGUGAGGGCCUCUUUGCCUUCAGCAGCUCACGUGCCUCAGAUAUGUGUGGGGCAGUGGCUGCUGCCAUUGCCCGCCAACGGGAACAACUGCCUGAGAUGGCAGCUCCCCGACCCUGCCCCCUGCCUCGGGCCACUUCCAUGCCUUCCCUGGAGCCUCCUGGAGAGCUUUGCGAGGUACCUCUGGGGCCUGAGCUACCCACCUCCAGGAGAGCACAUGUGACUGAGCAUGGGCCCCAGAGCCUGCCACUCCUGCUGGGCCCCACUCUCGAAGAGCCAGCGUCCCAGCUCUAUGCUUCAGUGCGCAAGCGGGCCACUGGGCCCUCAGCCAGCACCGAGCACCUCUACGAAAACUUGUGCAUGCUGGAAUCCAGCCCAGGGCUGCCCAAUGGGGGCUCUAAGCCCCAAGAAGGCCCCUCUGGUAGCCGCAGCCCCUUGGUCAGCCCCAUCUCCUACAGCAGCGAGGACCUGAGCUGGCCUGUCCCACCUCACGAUGGCAGGCUGGAGGCCCAGUACCGGCGGCUGCUAGAACUAGAGCUGGACGAGGCAGGCAGCAGUAGCCACUCAGGCCCACAGGCGGGCUUCAAGGCCAAGCUCGUGACGCUGCUGAGUCGUGAGCGGAGGAAGGGUCCUGCCCCCUGUGACCGGCCCUGAAGGCCUGUGCAGUGGCAGCAAGAGGACAGAGAUGCUCUCCCUACAGUAGGAGGGUCUACAUCCGUGAAGACAUCCCCUGUUCUCCCUGGCCUGCAGGGACAAAGCAGGCAGCGGGGGAGGAUCCACACCCUGCCCUGCCCACCCAGCCAUGUACAGUAUAACAGAUUUGCCAAUAAUAAAACCU